CCCCCGUGAGCAGGCAAGAUGUCCAGCACCCCGCAUGACCCCUUCUAUUCUUCUCCCUUCGGCCCCUUCUACCGAAGGCACACGCCGUACAUGGUGCCGCCGGAGUACCGCAUCUACGAGAUGAACAAGAGGCUGCAGGCUCGCACCGAGGACAGUGAUAACCUCUGGUGGGAUGCCUUUACAACAGAAUUUUUUGAAGAUGAUGCAACAUUUACUCUUUCAUUUUGCUUGGAAGAUGGACCAAAGCGAUACACAAUUGGAAGAACCCUCAUUCCUCGUUAUUUUAGCACUGUAUUUGAAGGAGGUGUGACAGACCUGUAUUACAUCCUCAAGCACUCAAAAGAAUCAUACCACAACGCCUCCAUCACAAUGGACUGUGAUCAGUGCGCCAUGGUCACUCAGCAUGGAAAACCCAUGUUUACAAAGGUAUGCACAGAAGGACGUCUUAUCUUGGAAUUUACCUUUGAUGACCUUAUGAGAAUAAAAACUUGGCACUUUACAAUUAGACAAUACAGAGAGUUAGUUCCUCGCAGUAUUUUAGCCAUGCAUGCACAAGACCCUCAGGUGCUGGAGCAGCUGUCCAAAAACAUCACUCGCAUGGGUCUGACCAACUUCACUCUCAACUACCUCAGGUUGUGUGUAAUAUUGGAGCCAAUGCAAGAAUUGAUGUCAAGGCAUAAAACUUACAAUUUAAGUCCUCGUGAUUGCCUGAAGACAUGUUUAUUUCAAAAAUGGCAGCGGAUGGUUGCACCACCAGCGGAACCUACAAGACAGCCAACAACCAAACGCAGGAAAAGGAAAAAUUCAACCAGCAGCACAUCCAAUAGCAGUGCUGGGAACAACACAAACAACGCCAACAGCAAGAAAAAAGCAGCUGCUGCAAGCCUGAGUCUUUCAAGUCAGCUACCUGAUGUGAUGGUAGUUGGAGAACCAACCUUGAUGGGUGGAGAAUUUGGUGAUGAAGAUGAACGGCUCAUCACCAGGCUAGAGAACACACAAUAUGAUGCAACAAAUGGCAUGGAUGAUGAAGAAGAAUUCAACAAUUCACCUGCACUGGGAAACAACAGCCCAUGGAAUAGUAAACCUUCCACUAAUCAGGAGACAAAGUCAGAAAAUCCAACACAACAGGCUUCCCAAUAAGUUAUCAGAAGCUGCAUCUGUUGUUGCUUAUAGCACCAGGUUACGAUUAACUAUCUCCCAGCAUUCUUUACACACACAAAAACCUCCUAGUUUUCCACAGAUACUCAGCCUAUUUCCAGAUGUACAGCUAUCUUUUUUUAAGUUGGAAAAAUAAUGUAUAUAAUUUUAAAUAUUUAAUUAUCUUGGAAGCCCUUGCACAUGGCAUGAUAUGGAUACUAACUUUUGUGAAAUAACUGGAUGGGUAAGUAUCAGUCUAUGACAAUUUCUUACUACUACCAUUUCAGUGGAUAAUUGUUUCUCCUAUACUCUCCCUUAUCUUGUUAAAGGCCACACCAGAUCAUCAGUGCUGAGGAUCUACUUGUAAACCUAUCAGCUCUCCUAAGAGAUGACUGGAAUAGAGAGGUUCCAGGUCUGGUUGACCCCUAUUUAAGUUGAGAUGAGUCCAAGUCUCAACCAGGCUGUCCCACCAGCACCUUUUCCCAAGUCUAUUCCCAAUUAAAAACCUCUGAGAAACCAAAAUACAACCAUGAGUCUUAGAGACAUUUAGUCCUCUUAGAACUCAGGAAAAUACUGGACUCAAAGUAGCAUAGUUUUGUGGCCUGUAAGAAAUCCAAUUAAGCAUGGUAGCAGGUUACCUGUUCAAGAGACCAAGCAUAAGACCUUCAGUAUUAUUAUUUUAUUAGAAAAAUAAAGAUUUAGAUAAAUCCAAUUUCUUGCAAAGCAUAGCAAUCAAAAACAUUUCCACAACUACCAAUAGUUAGAAUCUUAGCAAAUCCCAGCCACAAAAAUAAAAUAAGAAACUUCUACUAACUAGAAAAUAGGUAAGGCUAGGCCUCCCUUCUGUUCUUCUCCUAAAAACUACAUCUUAGCAUUUUUGUAAGUCCAAAGUCCAUUCAAAAAUCAAAUAUCCAUUAAUCCAUAGUGAGUUAGAAAAGAAUAAAAAAGAGUCUCUCUCCUUCUGUAACAUCCUGUCGUUUUUCUUCACACGCUGAAAAACAUCCCCUCCUUCACUCUCCACUGGCGUAAGCCAAUCAGGACGAAGAACAGCUUAUCUCUCUCCACCGCCUUUUCUUUCUCCACCUCCUUUUCUCAUGAGAACUGCAGGUGUUGUUGACAUUCUUUCUCAAUGUUAUGACUUCUUGGCUUUGCCUUCACCAAGCAUAGCCUUGGCAACGCUAUCUUCCUGAUAACAUUCCUAACUUGCUGUAAAGAAAACAACUUCUACAAGCUUCUAGUAAAAUGACACAGACUGAGAUGAUUUCCCUUCUACAUUAUUCCAUGACUACAAAUCCCAUUUAGAAAUUACAUUUUAGCUUCAAUAACCUAGAUCAUGACUAAGAUUUUUUCAGUGGGGUGAAUGACAUACUUUCCAAAUUGUUGUUGAGAUUUUUUUCUCUGAGAGAUGAUUUUAAAAGUUUUACAUUUUCUUUCCCUGUGUGUUUUUUUUUUCCAACUGAAUCUGAAAUGGGAGCAAAAGAAGGGAGAAUUUCGAUAGCUUCCAGGAAAAAAUUAUUAUGAAGAAAGACUGUAGCCUACCAACUUUGGAGUUGAAACUUUCCUCAUGCAAAGUUGCAAAGCCCUCUCACUGAGGAAAGUGAUAUGAAGAUAUCAUUAGUUCCUGGAUAGCAGGAACUAAUGAAAUAUAUUUAUCAAAUGUACACAUGUGUGCUUCAUGAACAACCAGCUAUUACAAGUUCAGUUAAGUGCAUAUUAGUAGGUGUAAUUCUUAAUCACAACCAUUUAAAAUCACAUUUAUAUUAAAAUCAUAUAAAAAUACAAUAUUUCGUAUGGUUCUGAUCCAGUGGAGUGAACACAGUGCAAUAAAGGCAUCUCCUGUAGCUACUUUUAAAACUAAAGUCCCAAUUUACCUAGAACCCUACUUAGUCAUUAUCUAAGGAUGUCACAAUGCAUGCUGGCAUCACCCCUCAACCAUCACUUUCAACUAGAGAUGGGGGGUAUUUGUAUAUUAAUACAAAUAUCCCCAUGCAGAUGGACUCACACGUCCAGCGGUAGCAGUGGCCUUGCUCAUCCUUCCAAUCACUCGUGGAGCACCACUCUCUUCCCACUCGGCUAGCCUCUAGGUGGGGGAGGUGGAAUGAGUCAUCCCCAUAUCUACUUUCAACUCAUGAGAAUGAGAGUCUAAUGUGAGAGAGCUGUCUUAUUCCUGUAGCCUAUCCAUGUUCUGGUUCUUCUAGCAAUACUACAAGGAUGGAACAGCCUCUGCCUUUUCAGAUGUUGUUUUAACAUAUUGAAAGCAAAAAAGAAGGAGGGGCAGAAUAUUCACCUCAAUCUAUGUGAUCACCACAAGCUUAAAUAAUGAUUGAACAAAUGAUUGAACAAAGCUCAGAUAUAUAAAAGGAGAAGGAGAGAAGUAAGUCCAGCUCCUCAAUGAUUUCUUCCAAAAAUAUUAUUGAUGACAUUUCAGGUUUCCUUAAAGCUUUGGUUGUUAGAUUCGGAAGAGGACCAAGUUUGAAAAUCAGUGCAUAUACUUAGCUCCUUGGUGAACCAGGAUUUCUGUUUUGGGAAGCUUCCACCUAAAUAUGUUGGGUUACAACAUUACUUCUUCAUUAACUGUUGCAUAGCAUAAGUUGAUGUUCUCUCUUGUUGGAACUACCCUUCUUUUUUUUUGUUCUAGCCAUUUUAAGGAUUCACCACUUUAAAUCUGACAGUAUCCUGCUUGAAAAAAAACAUGUGCGCCAACAAUUGUGCAAGUGGUCCCCUCCUUUCUCAGGGGAUCCAUUAUAUGACUAGUUCCAAAGUCCAUCAUGUGCUGAAUUUCCAGGUGAAACCAGUUGUGUCAUUACCAUAGUACCCUUGAUUCUAUUGUGGCCAUUUUAACUAAUUAAUAGUUUUUCUUUUUCUUUUAUUAAAAGCACUGAGACAACUUUUAUUAUUCCGUGAAAGAUGUAACAAAUAAUUUUAUGUGGAGAAAAUCACCCAGUCCCUAGGAGAGUUUAUGCUUUGUAAAAUUGCUGUUGAUCUCCAUUCUGAAAGCCAUGCAAUUCAUUAAUUCUUCAAGCAGUUUAAACAAAAACUAUUUUGUUGUGUUUUUAUUGUCUUCUGCUGUUUUCCACAUACUUGAACAAUACUUUUGUAAAGCCCUCCAAACUAAUCAAUUUUUUAUUCCAGUAUAUUUAUGUGAAACUUUAUAAAAUAAGCUUUUUUCAUUUACAUAUAUCAGGAUAUCAUAUAAAAAAGUGAA